UUAUUUUCCUCUUUCAAAAGGUCUAGAACAACUGAAAAAGAAGAAGAAAGGAAGAAAAAAGAUAUCCCUCGUUUAUUCUCCUUUUCCAUGGCGAUUUCCAAGCUCUUGAUUUUCUCCAUAUUUCUAUCCGUAAUUUUCGUGAAAAUCGGGGCAGAUGCAUCAAUUGAAGACGGAAUCUUUGAAUCGGACGGCUCUGAUCCGGCGUUGUAUGCGGAACUGCAGCAGCUCAAGUCGACGAUCUCCGUUCUAGAAUCAACGAUUGAGGAUAGAACUCGACAAUUGAAAAACAAGGAUGAGAGCAUUGCAAAGAUGGAAAAGAUCAUUCAAGAGAGGUCGGAUAAGGUCACAGUAUUACAAAGCGAGAUAGAAUCACUUCAGAAAAAGGGGACUGUAGAUGCUGAGGGGCUGCUAGGGAAGGCUCAUGCACGUGCAAGGGAACUUGAGAAGAAGGUUGAAAAUCUUAAAAAGGACAUAGAAACAGAAAAUGCAAAGAGAGAUGCUUUGGAAGCCCGAGCAAGUGAAUCUGAGAAGCAGAUGCAAGAACUGAAUUUGAAAUUAGAGAAGCUCCAAAAGAUUAGUGACGAACAGAAGGCCCGGAUUCGUAAAACUGAACGUGCUCUUCAAGCGGCAGAGGAAGAGAUGAAGAAGGCAAAACUAGAAGCUACAUCAAAGUCUAAGGAGUUGCUGCAGAUUCAUGGAGGAUGGCUACCACCUUGGCUUGUAACUUAUUUGAUUAAUUUUCAGUCCUUUGCAGGAAAGCACUGGAAUAACCAUGGGAAACCUGCCUUGGAUGUUGCCAUACAAAAGGCAUCAGAAAAAUCAGCACAGGCCCAGAAAUGGGUUGAACCCCACUUGGAAACAGUUAAAGUUAGGUGGGUCCCUGCUUUAAAGGAACAAUGGUUGACUAUCACGACCUUUGUUGGACCAUAUGUGCAAUUGGCAACGACUAGAACUGUUGAGGUUUAUCAGGCAUCCAAGGGCACUCUUACACCACAUGUUGUCAGAGUACAGGAAUUGGCAACUCCAUACUUCCAGGAAGCUAAGAAGUUUUCCAAGCCUUACAUCGAUCAGGUCGUGACAGUUACCAAACCUCAUGUUGAUAAGGCGCGCACUGCUUUGAAGCCCUAUACUGACAAAGGAGUUCAUGUUUCUCAAAAGUUUCUUAAAUCAGCAACAGUGUACCAUCACCAGGUCCAAUCCAGAGUCCAGGAAACUCUGAAGAAGCACGAGCUUACAAAAGCUCUUGCAACAAAAGAGCUGGUGUGGUUUGUGGCCUCAGCGCUUUUGGCUCUUCCCGCAUACUUUCUAUAUAAGCUGCUUGCAGCCAUUUUUUGCAAAAGGGCAAGGAAAUCUACCCGAAAUGCUAAUGCAAACCAGGCACCUCGUAGACAUAAGCGCAGGCAUGUUGAGAAAUAGAUCUCAUGAGGAAUUUGGCCUAGGUGUUUGACAUAUUUAAAUUCAAGGAAUUUCUGGUUUGUGGCAGAGGCGAUAACCAGGAGUUUUGGAGAAUGAUGUACCUUUUGAGUCAUGCGAGUUCAUCUACGUGUAGAAUUGGAUGGUGGGUUUGAAGUUGGAACCCUUUGUGGAGAAAAGGAAAUUGAUGUUUGAAUUGCCACACGAGCGACACAGGUAUCAGGAAGUGCUUGUUGUUUAUGUUUCUUUGAUGUGUAUUCUUUUCAGAUGAAAGGUGCCUGUUUUGUCCUAAGUUUUUCUUUCGGUUGCUAGAAAUGAAUUUUUGUGCUUAAAAAAGAUUAUAUAAUAGUGACUUUGAGUUAGGAUUCGUUAGUUAAA